AUGUCUUAUCUUCCUCCCAUGCCAUUACUGCAGAUCCAUAAAACAAACAAAAAUAACUGCAAUGAUUACGUACCUAGCCCAACCCGUAAUAUGGCUCCCUUGCAGCAGAGCCCUGUGAGGACAGCUUCUGUGAAUCAAAGAAAUCGAACUUACAGCAGCAGUGGGAGCAGUGGAGGAAGCCACCCAAGUAGUCGGAGCAGCAGUCGGGAGAACUUUGGAAGCGGAAGUGUGAGGGCUCCUAUCACUGUUCCUAGUCCCUCUCCUCCCAGCGUCUUUCCAGGUCAUACUGUUCAGUUCUACAGCAUGAAUAGGCCUGCCUCUCACCAUACGCCACCAACAAUCAGGGGCUCAUUGCCCUGUAGACGGCCUCCUUCCAUAACUUCGCAGGCAAGCCUUCAGAGUCAGAUGAAUGGAGGGCCUUUUUAUAACCAGAAUCCAGUUUCAGAUACACCACCCCCACCACCACCUGUGAAAGAGCCAGACUUUGAUGAGUUCCCUCCUCCACCGCCACCUCCAGAAGAAUAUGAGGAGGAGGAAGCAGCGGUGGUUGAGUACAGUGAUCCUUAUGCUGAAGGACCACUGUGGGCUCCAAGGUCUUACUUGGAAAAGGUUGUGGCAAUUUAUGAUUAUACAAAAGACAAGGAAGAUGAGCUGUCCUUUCAGGGAGGAGCCAUUAUUUAUGUCAUCAAGAAGAACGACGAUGUAUUAAAAACAAAAAAGCAUUCACUCUUCUUUAUGAGUCUCAACUGGAGAUACAACUCAGACUCAUCACAGGGAACAACUGUGUCCUCUGUUAAGGCAGAAAAGACAUUCAUACUCUGUAGUGUUGGAGAUUAA